AUGCUUCUAGCUCCUGUAGCCGCGCCUUUGCCCCUGGAAACCCAUAAAAAGUCCCCUUUGCCCUGGGAAGGCGCGCAAGUCCUCCAAGAGACUUGGCCCCAGGAGCCGACGGGCUCGGACUUCACCACCACGACCCUGGAAGACGUUCCACGGUCUGAGACCCCCCCGGGGCACGGUCUGAAGUCCCCACAGGGGCACGGUUUUUUGGGGCCACUCACAAACAGCCAUGGGACAGACUGUCACCACCCCUUGAGCCUCACGCUUGACCACUGGUCAGACGUGAAGACACGAGCCAACAACGAGGGGGUCGUAAUCAAGAAGAAGAAAUGGAUCACUCUUUGCGAGGCCGAUUGGCCCCCCGGCAGCAGCAGCAGCGCUCGCCGAAUCUCGGGGCCGAGGAAGCCAGAUCGGCGGAUCCCUCCCACUCCCUGUUCCUCCCAAACCCCACACCAGCAAGUCUUUUCCUCUCCCCGCGGCCCGCCGCUCCGGCGCAGGCGGGCGCGCAGGCGGCGGGCGGGGGAUGUGGGAACGCGCAGCGGCGCGCAGGCGGCGGGCGGGGGAUGUGGGAAACGCGCAAGCGGGCGCACAGGCGGCGGGUGCACAGGCGGGCGCGCAGGCGGGUGCGGAUAUGGAAACGCGCAAGCGGAUGCGCAGGCGGCCGCAGGAUAUGGCACCGGUGCUCAGGCGGGGCCCAGGACGGGAUCGGCGGGGGGCGGCUCCCCGGCCGGCGAAGGGCCACUGCCGAGCGCACUUCCUCCACUAUGGCACUGUGCUGGGACCAGCUUAGGGACGGCUGGGGAGGCCCGGUUUGGAGAGGGGGGCUUGGGAGGGACGGCGCCACCCGCGAGCGCCAAACCACCGCUCCCUCCCGCCCCUCCUACCUCCUCCCUUUACCCUGUUCUCCCACGAAAGGAUUCCCCUAAGGUUCCUGUCCUCCCCCCAGACCCCAAUUCACCUCUUAUUGACCUCCUGACAGAGGACCCACCACCAUACCCAGGGAAUCAGGUGCCGGAGGGACCGGCGGCCCCUGCAAUGGCACCAGAGGGACCGACGGCCCCCGCGGAGGCGCCUGAACAGCCUCUUAGGAGAGAGAGGGAAGAUGAGACUCCAGCUCCCUCCCCAAUUGCCGGUCGCCUACGAGGAAAGCGCGACGAGCCAGCCAAGGAGUCCAGAGCCUUUCCCCUUAGGGAAGGUCCUAAUCACCAGCUCCAAUACUGGCCAUUCUCAGCCUCUGACCUCUACAACUGGAAACAACAUAACCCUCCUUUCUCUAAGGACCCUGUUGCCUUGACUAACCUGAUUGAGUCCAUUUUAGUGACCCACAAGCCUUGGGAAGAUUGUCAGCAGUUACUGCAGACACUCCUGACGGUGGAGGAAAAACAGCGGGUCUUCCUGGAGGCUCGGAAGCAGGUUCCAGGAGACGAUGGAAGACCCACCCAAUUGCCUAAUAUCAUUGACGCAGCCUUUCCCCUCACCCGCCCGAACUGGGACUUCGCGACCCCGGAAGGUAGGGAGCACCUACGUCUCUAUCGCCAGUUGCUCUGCGGUCUCCGAGGGGCGGCUAGACGUCCUACCAAUCUGGCCCAGGUUAGGAAUGUGACCCAGGGAAAGGAAGAAACGCCGGCAGCGUUCUUAGAAAGGCUUAGAGAGGCAUAUAGGAUGUAUACCCCGUACGAUCCGGAAGAUCCAGGACAGGCGCCGGGUGUCAUCCUGUCUUUCAUAUAUCAGUCAAGUCCAGAUAUAAGGGCCAAGUUACAGAGACUGGAAGGAUUGCAUUCACUCAGCUUGUCAGAUUUAUUGAGAGAGGCAGAAAAAGUGUUUAAUAAGAGAGAAACUCCCGAAGAGCGGGAGGAGAGUUAUGGCAGAGACAGGAAGAGAGAGAUAAAAAGCGUCAUAGGGAAAUAACUAAAGUCCUGGCCACUGUAGUGUCUCAGGGACAGAUCAGUGAGGGAGUUAGGACAAAAGAUCGAAGAAGGACAUCGCUUGACAAAGACCAGUGUGCUUACUGUAAAAGAGAGGACAUUGGGCUCGUGAAUGCCCAAAGAAGCAAGCUCAAGGGUCUCGGAGACCUAAGUCAAGGGCCACGGACCUCCUCAAUCUGGAGGAUUAGGGAGGUCAAGGCCAGGAGCCCCCCCUGAGCCUAGGAUAACUCUCAAGAUUGGGGGCAGCCAGUGACCUUCCUGGUGGACACCGGGGCUCAACAUUCAGUCCUGACCCAUACCGGAGGCUCUCUCAGUGACCGCACAGCUUUGGUCCAGGGGGCCACAGGUAGCAGGAGGUAUCGAUGGACCACCGAGAGAAAGGUUCAGCUGGCAUCUGGACAGGUAACCA